AUGUGGCUCUGGAAACUCAACAAUCGACGAGUGCUGCUGACGAAAGUGCUUUUCUUGUUACUUAAUCAACUGAUGGUGAUAGGCAUUUACGGAAAACUCUGUGAAACAGAAACGGGACAGAACAACAUUAUACUCGAUAUCGAAGAAAGUCGAGGCGAUGCGAUCGGUUCUCAUGAAAACUCACCAAUGCUUCCCAUACAUGGAGACGUGGAGGACGAAAUCACACUCGGUCUCAAUUUCCCUGAAGGAAACAAUAAUUUAUUCAAAUUGAAUGGUAAAUUUUUGCAACUUGUCCAUCCACUCGAUCGAGAUAAAGAGAACCUGAGUCACAUUCAGUUUACUAUAUCUUGCACAAUUAAAUCAACGCCGAGUCGUAAUCGAAACAUUCCUAUAAUCGUUCGAGUGUCAGAUGUUAAUGACAAUCGUCCAGUUUUUGUUAAUUCUCCUUAUGAAACAACCAUUGCUGAGGCUACCUACAUAAGUCAGCCACCAGCAGUAUUCUCUAUAAAAUUGAAAGGCUUUAUGAGUCUCUUUGUCUUUCAAUUGCCAAUUGAAAAUCAAUCAAAAGACGACGCAACGUCAACUCCCGUGGGCACGACUAUUUAUAGUAGCAUUAAAGCAACUGAUACCGACGCAGGUGUGAAUGGAGCUGUUGAGUAUUUCCUCGUCGAGGGAUCACACAAUCUAACGGAUAACGAUGGAAAAGUCGCUGAUGGCUUUGGAACUUUUGCCAUCGCGUAUCCACAUCAGGGACAUGUCACUCUUGUCAAGACAUUGGAUUAUGAACGUGUUCAACGAUAUUACUUAACAAUAGUUGCAUCGGAUCGAGCACGUAAUGUAUCUGAGAGAUUAUCUGCAUCGACGACAUUGAUUGUGGAUAUUGAAGACGUAGACGACCAAGAUCCGUCGUUUAUCUACCAAGAUUGUCUCUCGUUCGAUGGAUCUUGCAUAAAUCCUGAAUACACGGCCAACAUAGUUCCGGGAACAGUUCAGAAAGUUCUCGAUAUUCUACCUGAGAAAAUCAGAGCCGUAGAUUUAGAUGCACUUGCCACUCCAAUCCGAUAUGAGUUUAUUAAUGGAAACCCGUCAAACUUUAAUGAAUAUUUCGAGAUCGAUGACGUCACUGCAGAAGUCAAACAAGUGAAACUUGUCGAUUCAUCAGUCACAGAUCGUCAAUUUUCAAUUACGAUUAAAGCUGAGGAAAUGUCGGAACAGAGAAGAUUUACGACAGCUAAGCUUACGAUAAAUGUGAAGCCUGUUGAUGCCUUUCCACCGAUUAUUAUGGCAUCAGAUCUCGUCGGCAUUGUUGAAGAGAAUUCGCCAAUUGGAACAAAAGUUUUGAGUCUCAAAAAUAAGCCAAUAAAGUUCACGAUCAGAGAUGAAGAUUACUCAACUGACAUCGACCUUCCAAUGUAUGCUUUUGAACUCACGACGCCAUUGUUCGCAGUUAAAGAUGGUUUUCUUGUGGUAAGUGACAAAGGCGUUGACCGAGAGCAGUCGGAAAAACUUCUUUUUCAAAUUAUUGCGAGAGAAAUUCACGGAAAUGCUGCAAGUUCGCCAUUAAGUGUCAACAUUACAGUACUCGACGUUAACGACAAUAAACCGGAGAUUUUCGAAAUUGAUCCAGUUAUGGUAAGUGCGGGAACGACAAAACGUUCACUUGCACAUGUGCAUGCUAAAGACAUCGACGCUGGAAUAAAUUCAAGUGUCACUUACUCAAUCGUCAGCAGUAAGUCAAGAGACUCGCAAAAGUUCUCAAUCAACUCUAAAACAGGUGAAAUAUUUGCUGAUAGUCGAUUGAAUGCUGAUGAGAGGUUCAAUCUCACAAUUCGUGCUACCGACGGUGGCGGUUUAUAUUCCGAAACAAAUUUAUUAGUAACAGUCGUAGCGGGACCGAAUACGAAACCACCGAUAUUUACAAGAAACAUUUACGAAGUGCUAGUGAAUGAGUCAGCAAAAAUAAACACAACGGUUGUUGUUGUGCAAGCUGACGAUCCCGAAACCGAUCCCGUAAACUAUUCAAUAUUGUCAGGCAAUGAUCUUCGUCAAUAUACAAUUAAUUCAGAAACUGGUGCGAUAACAAUCAUUCGAAAAUUAGAUCGCGAGACGCUGACAAAGUACCAGCUGACAAUUCGAGCAGAAGACCUUGGUGGGCUUUACGCAACCGCACUUGUUAACAUCAAAGUCCUUGAUGCAAAUGACAAUGCGCCGGAAUUCGAUGAAACGUCAAUGCCUUAUUUGUUCUCUGUUGAUGAAGGAAAAUUGAAUGCUUUUGUUGGUACAGUUCAAGCUUUUGACAUGGAUGAAGGCAGGAACGCUGACGUUGUUUAUUCGUUACCAUCUGAUGUUCCAUUCACAAUUAACAAGCAGAGUGGCGACAUUCAUACAAGAGAAAGACUGAACUUUAAAAGACGAAAUGAAUACGAAUUCAUGGUCACAGCGACCGACCGUGGUGUGAUGCCAUUAUCCACUGAAAUAAGAAUUAAAAUUUCAGUUAAAGACGUUCCUGAUAUUUUACCGAUGUUCUCAAAGACGCAGAUUGAGGUGAAAGUUCCGGAGAAUCUUCCUGACACUCUCGUUGCAGUUGUUAGAAUCAGCAAUCCUCAAACAGUUGAGACAGCAACUUAUACAAUCAAGAAGACUUCAUCGAAAGAUUAUUUCAGAAUCGAUCCUGAAACUGGUGAGAUAAGAACAAAGAAAAGUCUCGAUUAUGAGACGAAAUCAUUCCAUGAAAUUAUUGUUGGAACUGUUGAGAAUGAAGGCAAAGGUGCUGGUGAUGUCAUCAAAGUGAAAGUGACAGUUGAAGAUCGAAACGAUGUUGCGCCAGUUUUUCUCAUAACACCUGAACCGGUGUCAUUAACAGACGAUCAACAUGUUGGUGCUUUGAUUGCUUCCAUGCCAGCUGUUGACACGGAUGGAACUUCACCUGGUAACGUUGUUCGUUACGAAAUGAUUGGAAAAGGAAAAGCUUUGAAAUUCUUCCACAUUGAUCCGGAAAAUGGAAAUAUCAGAAUCAAAGAUGAUCUUCGAAAAGAUCCAACAUCGCAAUAUGAAGUUGAUGUGCGAGCUUACGAUCUUGGCGAGCCUCAAUUGAGUUCAGUUUCAUCGCUCAUAAUUUUUGUUAAGCACAUUCAGCGAAUUAACGUUGGAAUUGAAACAUUGCCUGCUGAAAGUGAUGACAGUGAAGAGCUGGGAUUGGCAUUUGGUGAUGAAAUUUAUGUCACAAACAUUCCUGAGUCAACAAGCAUCGAUGCAACAAUUAAAUUAAUUCAAGUUCUCAACAUCAGAAAAUCAACGAAAGCUAAAAAUGGAUUCUCAUGUGAGAUUGUUGCUGGCAAUGAUCUCAAACUAUUUAGUGUCGUGUUAGAAGACUCAACAUGUGCAGUGAAGCUUAAAAGCUCAUUAGAUUUUGAAAAUCGGACAACGCAUGAAUUGAAGCUUAAGCUGAUCUCGACAAAACAGCGAGUCAAUCAAAAUAAAAACUUUGCGACACUGAAAGUUCUUGUACAAGACUCUAAUGAUAAUCCGCCAAUAUUCAAAUUCAAAAAUAGUAUUAAGAAGUACAAGAGAAACGACACUUAUUAUGGAGCUAUUGAUUAUGACGCAACGAUUGGAACAUCAGUGUUGAAGGUUGAAGCUUAUGACAACGACUCGGGCACGUUUGGUUUGAUUAAAUAUCGUUUGGUUGACGACGAAACGAAUGUUAUUCCGAAAGAUGAUCUUCCGAGUUCAUACUUUGUUAUCACUGACGUUGGCAUAAUUAAAACCAGGCAAAGUCUUCACAAAAUUACAAAUGGACAUUUUCAAUUUCAAAUUGAAGCUUCGGAUAAUUUCGGAAAAGAUUCAGUCGCUGUUCAUAAGUCAUAUGCAAGAGUUGUCAUAAAUGUUGUCACUGAUUUGAAUCGAAUGACUUUAGUGUUUCCUGAAGCACAUCCAGAUGAGCUGAGAAGACAUUCGAGAAGUUUGGAAGAAAUUUUAACUGAGAAAUCUCACGGAUUGAUAGCAACAGUUGAGAAGAUAACAAAUCGUCGUUCAUUAAUGCAAAAUGGUUCAAUUGUUGAACUUAAAGAUGCCACUGAUGCUUGGUUCUUCAUUGUUGAUCCAAUAACAGAAAAAGUUCUCCAAAGAAAUUCAUCAGCAAUCGCACAGAAACUUUUAGAGCCGAACAUUCAAUCACAGAUUAAUGUUGCCGUAUCUCGAUUAGUUCGAUCACCAACUGAAGGAAUCUUCGGACCUGUUGAAGCUGAAAAUGAAAUUCAUCAUCUUGAAGUGUCGAAUGCAGAGAGUGACGAUGACAAUUUGAUUCACUACACGAUGGUUUCGGUUGCUUUUGUCGUUACAAUUGUCGGAAUCACGGGAAUAAUUUUUGCUUUUCUUUGGUGGAACAAAUAUCAACACUCAAAAGAAGCAAAUGUGCCGUCAAAUUCAAUCGUCAACAAUCGAAACACGAUACGAUCAGACCCAACGAAAAUCCACCAUUUACAUAAUGUUCAUGCAGUUCAAGUUAACAUGAAAGAUUUGAUUGUAGCAUUUGAUGGAUCACCCAGAUGACAACUAGAAGAAGAAAUUAUUAGUAGAUAUUUAAAAUAGAAGAAAAUUGGGAAGCAAAGUUUUGAGAAAUUUUCUAGUCGAUAGGAAUUGAGCAAUGAACUGACUUGCAUUGUCUCCCAAUACAUGAAACAUUUUUUUGACAAAUCUUUCAUUUAAUAUGAAAAAAUCACAAAUUUUGUACAUUUUCUGCCUUUGCUUUUUGAGACGAAAGCAUAAUUUAAACAUAAAUAAGCAUAAACAUAAACAUUGUAGGAGUUAAAUACUAGAAAAAAAAUUAUCUGUGAUAUUAAAUGACUUAAAUGUAAGUAAAUGAAUUUAUUCCAAUCAUUACAUAAUAGAAAGUAAAAGUAAGAUAAACAUUUGUCUCCCAGCUAAGCUUGUGAUGUAUCUUAAGG